UAUUAAAAUGCUGAGGAUAAAGAGCAAACAUAAUGUUAUAUAUCAGAAUUUUAACAAACACUGUUAAAAAGGAAGAGUGUGUAGGUGUUUAUAUGUAUCCCCCCCCGUGGAAACUUAGCUCAAGUGCUAACAAGACACCUGACGACACGAACAAGAUGAGACCGGCUAGUGGGCGGGGCUUCGGCGGCUCUUAUUUCAAGCCGAAAACAGCAGCGCGCGCACCUGAAGUAGCAUCUACCUUUUUUUUUUUUUUUUGUAUUUUUUGGUUUUCCAAAGAAGGGCUUUAUUUCAUUUUAAUGCAGACAUGCUGGUAACAAUUUAUUCGCUUUUUGUGGUGAUCCACCUGACUUCAUCUUUAAACGUUGACAUCCCACUCCAAACUUAUGAGUUAACCCGUGGUGGCAAUGGCACUAUACCAUGCAACUUCAAACCCCAGAAAGCAAGCAACCCAUCAAUCAUCAUCUCAUGGACGGCACAUCCAGAUAAUCCUGACGAUUCUGAUAUUGCAAUCCUCACAUAUUACUACUUGGCAAAUGCAGAAAAUCAACUGGACAUCGAUGCUGCAUAUACUGACCGAGCUUCACUUCAGGUAGACAUUGCUAAAGGAUGGGCGAACUUGACACUCAAAGCUCUAACGUCAAAGGACAGUAGAGUGUUUCAGUGCGAAGUAAAAAUUCCUGGUGACAGCAUUGGAAAACAAUCGGAUACCACUGUGAUUGUGGUUUUGGUGCCUCCUUCCAAACCCAUCUGCGCAAUUCAGGGCACAGCAGAGUUUUACCACAACAUCAACCUGACCUGUCGAUCAGAGGAGGGCACGCCUAAACCGACAUACGGAUGGCAAAGCUAUGAUGGCAGUAAUAAUCCCCGACCAAAUCCACCCAAAUCCACUGACUUGAAUGGAGUUUUGUCACUUUACAAUAUUUCCGCGGAGACCAGUGGUUAUUAUAUCUGCACAUCUACCAAUAAAAUUCGCAGUGAAUCCUGUAAUCUGACUUUGUCCGUCAUGCCAUACUCCAUGAAGAUCGGAGCCACAGCUGGAAUAAUUGGAGGCUGUGCAGUUGGUCUCCUCCUGCUGAUUAUCGUUAUCUGCUGCUGCGUCCGCCGGAGAAAGAACAAGUCUGAGGAGUACGCCAUGAGAUCUCCAGAGUAUGCCAAUUACACAGAUAAAGAGCCACAAGAGUUUGAAGAACACCAAGAGACACGUGUCGAGAGCAAAGCCGACAGAAAUGACGAGCGCAGUGAUCGCUACGACGAGCGCAGUGAUCGCUACGACGACCGGCAAGACCGUGAUGAUCGGCAGGGGCGGCCAGAUAACCGGCAGUAUGAUUCUGAUCGGUAUGAUGACCGGCGAAGCGAUCGCUAUGAUGACCGGCAGUCUGACCGGUACGACGACCGGCGCAGUGACCGCUACGACGACCGGCGCAGUGACCGCUACGACGACCGGCGCAGUGACCGCUACGACGACCGGCGCAGUGACCGUUACGACGACCGCCGAAGUGACCGAUACGAUGAUCGGCGAAGUGAUCGCUAUGAUGAGCCCCGUGAUCGCUACGACGACCGCAAUAGUGACCGCUACGCCGACCGUUAUGAUGACCGCCGAGACCGUUAUGAUCACCCUGACGAUCGCUAUGAUGGCCGCAGUAGACCUCCAAAUGUUCCCGCUAAUAAGCCAACUAGAGGCUAAGUAGGCCUGCAAGAGAUGUUUUUUAAAUAUAUUUUUUAAAAUCUAAAUUUAUCUGAAGUUGCCAAAAAGAGUCUCUUUUUUCUUUUAUUAAGGAUGGAUGACCUGAAUUAUAUACAUAUACAAUACAUUGGUGUGUACUGCUGUUCUCAACACGGCUUGGCUAACUUUCAAGCCGUUUAAUGUUAUAUUAGAUAUUUUAUGAACUAUGUAAUCUGUGUUAGGGCUUUUGGGUAGUGGUUAAUUACUGUGGAAUCUGUAAAGUAAAGUAUUUCAACACGUGUUACUGUGGUAAUAAUGACCAGAGCUUAAAAUGGCUCUAAAACAUGAUGACGCACUGUGGCAGAAAAAGAACCAUCUAAGAAAUUGGGGUAAAAUGAGGUUUAAAACCGACGACAAGCUGUGUUCAGUAAUUACACCCUCAUAAUAGCUUCCCUGGACCACAGAUGCUUUCGGACAAAAAAAAACCUAGUCAUUAUUCUGUUCUGAACUUCCCUGUGCUAGUAAAUAACACUGAUAUUUUAUGUUUUCAUCAUUAUUUAGUUUUAUUACUCUCAUGUUGUAAUGCAACAAUUAAUUUUUUUUUAAUAAAGAUGUAUACUUUAGAAAUUGUGCAGUGGUUUGUGAGCUUCAAAGAAAGCCCAUGCAAAAGAAAAACUGAACUGGACUUUGUCAGGCUGAAGAGUUUGUGGAGCUGAGUCACAGCCAGAAGCUCCCACUGCUCAUUGCCUUUAAUUACACUUAUAUUGCCUUUAAUUAUAGUUAUAUUACCUCAGCAGGGGCUUGUUCUUGAUUUAGGAGGGUCAGUGUUAGAAAUAAAAACAAUGUCUGAAUCAAGAAACCAUUUAAGACGAACCGUGUGCACCUAGCACAGUAAAGUGCCUUCUUUUUUUUUUUUUUUAAAUGUAAAGAAACAAUUUAAUUGCCUAACUGCUUCUGAAUUCUGGGACGAGGUGAAUGUCAGGAGUGAUUUUAUUCUUGAAACUUGCAAUAAAUAUACCGUAGUCUCCAACAUCAUGUGUUAGAGUAAGUACAGUGGCUUGAAGAACAAUGUUUUGUACAUUUCUCUUAUCAAAUUAAAUCUGAAUUGAUGUGUGCCAUGUGUGCUGCCAUUUAUGUGCCAUGUUUAUAAAUGAUCAGUGAAAAUCUAAAUAAUAAAUUUUCCACAAACAAA